CGCGACGCUUCUCCUCUGCUCUGCGACGCUUUCUGUACGCAGUGCGAGGACGAGGGGAUCAGAUGUCGACAGGAAGAUGUUGACGUUAUUCCACAUCUAAUGAUAUUAAUCUGUUUCUCUAAAGAGCAGCGGGAUUAUUGGAGGCGAAGGAUGGGAAAGAGAAUAUGCGUUGCCUCGUAUGCUGGAAGCUUUAAGCGCAGACUUUCGCUCCGCGGUGGGAAAUCCAGAGGAGACUAGCUGCGUUCAGGUAGCUAGCUAGGCGACAUCGCAGCCGUUUUUUGUGGCCCUCAGAGCUCCUCUCAUCCACACACAGCAUCCAGCCGCUUGGACAAAACAAGGAAAAAUGGUUUACCUGUUAAAUCCCAUAGAGAACCUAAGAGGCUACAUCAACAACCGUCCACCUCUGGUCAUUUUUAUGAUCAGCGUGAGUGCAGUGGCCAUCGCCUUCCUGACCAUUGGAUAUUUCUUUAAGAUUAAGGAAAUAAAGUCUCCAGAGUUGACGGAGGACUGGAACACGUUUCUACUGCGCUUCAACGACCUGGACUUCUGCGUGUCGGAAAACGAGACCAUAAAGCACGGCCUGAACGAGUCGACCACUCCUGAGAGCAUGGUGGUGACCAGCGGCCAGGCCCGCUCCAGCACUCAGCCCCCCCUGCUGCUGGAGGACCCCGGCCCCAUCAACAUCUCCGUCUCCAUCACCCUCACGUUGGACCCCCAGCGCCCGUUCGGAGGAUACUCUCGCAAUAUCACCCAUCUGUAUUCCACGGUGCUGGGACAGCAAGUUGGCCUGUCUGGCCGAGAAGCCCAUGAAGAAAUAAACAUCACGUUCACUCUGCCCGUGUCCUGGAACUCGGACGACUGUGUGCUGCAUGGCCACUGCGAGCAGGUGGUGUUCAGCACGUGCAUGACCAUCACAGCUGCCAGCAAUAUCUUCCCAGUCACAGUGCAGCCACCCCACUGCGUGCCAGAGACGUACACCAAUGCAACAUCCUGGUACAAGGUGUUCACCACGGUCCGUGACUCGGACACCAAGUACAGUCAGGACUACAACCCGUUCUGGUGUUAUAAAGGAGCCAUUGGCAAAGUGUACCACGCACUCAACCCCAAGCUCACCGUCAUUGUUCCAGAUGAUGACCGCUCCCUCAUCAACCUUCACCUGAUGCACACUAGCUACUUCCUGUUUGUCAUGGUCAUCACUAUGUUCUGCUAUGCAGUCAUAAAGGGGCGGCCUGGCAAAGUGCGACAAACCAACCCUGACUUCUGUCCUGAGAAGGUACAACAGACACCAGCAGUGCUUUAUGACAUCAACAGGUGGCGCUGUCAGAGGGUUAAAAGGACACCGGAGAACUUUGCCAGAGGUUACCUGUAACGUGGACUUAGACAUGCGGAAGAAAUACAAAAAAAAUAUAUACAUCCCAGCUGCCUAGUGAUCCCUGGAAAUAAAACGAGGGACACAAACGCUCUGUGAAUGCAUUAUUCUCGCAAUGUUGGGUUUCUCCAACCAAAGAUAUACAAGUGCCUGUAUCUGUGGUGUAAAUAUUUGUCGGAUCUCUGAUAUUCUGUGCAAAAAGCUCUUGUUUAUUUUUGUUUCUUUAGUCCUUCCCCGCUUCCAGCCCUGCCACAGUCCCCAUGUGCCAUGCCAGACAUCCAGAUGCACUCAGAUGAAGGGAGUCUACAACUUUACAAUGAAUCUGCCCUUGAAUUAUUUGUUGUUCUCAAACAGCAGAGAGAAUAAAAUGUCCCUCUUUCCAAAAAAGAAAUAACAUCUGGUCAGAAGAAAAACACUCUACCUACGUGUUCAAACGAUGUUUUCCACUUAAAACUCCCUCGUUCUGUCUAUAAUCCUAAGUAGAGAAGAGUUUUGAGAUGAAACGUGCAGUAAAGACUCCAUUAGUUAAAUUUAUCCUUACGAGCUUUAUUGUUUUGUUUUUUUAAGCAGAUUAAUAAGCUGUAAAACUGCUCAGUCUGGUUUGUUUUUAUCACAAGAUUUGGAUUUUUUUUUGCCUUUUGUUUCCCUUCGUCAUCAUCAGUUUUUUUCCCCACAUUGUGGAGUUUUUUAUUUUUACUGCACCGCUGCACCUGGGAGGGGAAAAAAACAAACAAACACUCGCAAUAACAUCUUGCCUUACCCGUGGUGGAGCAGCUAAAUCGGAGGAGACCAUAUUAUCUGGCUUUUCCAUCAAACCUUCUUUGUUUUGUUUUUUUUCCUUCAGAAAAUUUGGCCUAAAGUUGCCACAAA